AUGGUGUCGCUCUGGGGCAGCAAGAAGGACGGUGAACAGCAACAACUCGACGAUGAAGAGCGGGAGGAACAAGGGCGAAGAGCCACGUCUUCGCAUAGCCAACCAAGUAGACUCUCAGAAGAGGCCAAUGAACGAACGAGGUUGUUGCCUCGGCACGAACAUGGCGUUGGCUACCUGAGUCCUGACGACCCUGCGGUGUCUCCGUACAAUCUAUGGAGCGUUCGAGCGCUGCGAUGGUUCGAGGUUCUCUUCUUGAUCGUAACCUGCCUCUGGUGGGUUCUACUGUUCGUCUCGAUUUUCAUCAGUCCGCCAGGCAUGCAUUCAAGAGGCUCGGGAUUCUUUGAUGUCGCCUACACAACUCUCACCGUCGGCAAUAUCUUGACGGCCCUGUUGUUCUUUGCGACACCGUCCGCCGCAAUGAGCAUCCUCCAGAUGGCAAUCUCUGUUCUCUUGCUGAUUGAUAUGAUUAUCAUCUUAGCAGUGCCUCAAAUAAGAGUCGAGGAAGGCUGGAUCGGCAUCGCGUCCGUUGUGUGGGCUGUUUUGAUCGGAGCGUACAACGUCAUCACCAACAGAACCGUGAAAUGGGGCAAGGCCGAAGAGGAACAACGCCUCACUGGUCGCCAGGAAACCCGACGCUCGCUGCGAGAAUGGUGUGCUGUCUUCACUGCUACCUUCAUCAUGGUCAUCUUCGUCAUCAUCACUGUACUUCUGACUGCGACGUUGGUAUUGCGUUCACGAGACGCCACGCUGAAAUCCCCAGGAAAGCGCUAUUUGGUGGAUGGAGACAAGUAUGCCGUGCAUUUUGCCUGUGUCGGCAACCAAACCUAUGACAAAGAUGGAAACCCCAAUCCCACAGUCCUUUUGGAAGGAGGCUAUAUGCCUGUCGAGUAUACCUUCGAGGGAUGGGUCUAUGAUGCCUACGUCAAUGGCACAAUUGACCGUUAUUGCUAUUGGGAUCGACCUGGGUUGGCUUGGUCCGAUAACGCCCCAUCACCUCACUCGGCUGGAAUGUCUGCCGAUGCCAUCUCCGAAGCAUUGGCAAUUGCAGGGGAAGAAGGUCCAUGGAUCCUUGUCUCGGCUGGCGUGGGCGGAGUAUACAGUCGUGUUUUCUCGGCGAGACAUCCACGGGACAUCAAAGGUAUGAUGCUCAUCGACGGUCUCCACGAGGAUCUUCUGUACAAGAUUGCCAGUCCUGGACGGGGUUUUGUCCUUUGGGGACGCGGCAUCAUUUCACCCCUUGGCUUAGACCGACUCGCUGGUGCAUUAUUCAAAGGCCGUCUCAAGGAGGACCGUGUGUUCGGCAGAUCGUCUUAUCAAGGGGGCAAGUUCAUCAAAAACAAACUGCAAGAAAACCUGGUGGCUGAGUCUUUCACCAAGAAUGAGGUACUAGCGGCACGGAACAUACAGGAUCCAAGCACUCCCUUGGUGGUUGUUACGUCUGGAAUCCAUAUCAAACGCGAUAAGGACUGGGAGCGGAAACAGGAAGACCUGACCAAGGUUACAGAGAAGCUGAUCGCCUGGGAUAUUGUCAAAGGAGCUCCUGUGGAAGAGAUCUGGAGGUCAGCGGAGGGUAGGCAAAUUUUGGAGAAGCGUCUUGGUCAGUUGUACAAGGCAUCUUAG